AUGCCCAAUGUCUCUACCACGGGGUCCAGCGCCGCUUCACGAACGGACCUCUUCGCCUCGAGCUCUGUGUCGUUCGCAGACCCCUUUCACGGCCACAGCUUUUUCCCGCUUGAGCUCGACGCAUUGUCCGCAAUCGACCGCAGCCUCGUGCUCUUCCGCCACUGCUCUGUGUGCCACGAGCGGCUCUUGACGCUCUAUCGACCUGGUACAACUUUGACUGCCACGACUUCUACUGCUGCUGCGCUUGUCGUGUCGGCUACACGGACUCUUGUGGCUCCCCACGCCACGACUCGGGGCAUCUGUCAGUGUCUCGCUUGUGGUGUCUUUGUCCACCGGAGCUGCGCGAGUUUCGCGCACUUGCAUCGCUACUGCCGAGGCCACGCACGUGUUGUGCCAGUGUGUAGCCAUGUUGAUGCAAGCGCCGCGGACGUGCGGUGUCCAGAUGCAGUCAUGUCGCUACAAGACCGAGAAAAGCGGUGCAAGACGGGCACGAAAGCUCGAGCCGGUGUCGAAACGUUCACGUUGGCCGCUUUGAUCGACGAGCUGGACGGGAGUGCGGUCGUUCGUGUGAACUCGCGGCCCAGUCCAUUGGUUGGCGAGAACGCCACGCCGAAGCAGCAGCACUUGGAGACAGCGUCCAAGUUUGUCAAGAUGUUGGUGCCAGUGGUGGCUGCAGGAGGUGUCGUUGGGGCGUUUGCUGUGGGUCCUUCAGUCGCCGUACUCGCUGGACUAAACAUGUUGAUCACGAGCGUCGGAGCGGAGACGGUCAUGGCUGGCAUUGGACUGACAGCAAGUGCCGCAGCUGCCGCAACUGUGACGCAUCAGAGCAAAGUGAAGGCAGUGAAGCGCAGCAAAGAGCGACUGAGGAAAGGCGAGUGGGCUAUGGAGAUCUGCUGGAAUUGCAUGAAGAACUUUGCCGGUGCAGCGUCUGACGACGCUUGUCGGAAAGAUGCCGAGUUCCUUCGUCGUUUCCAGCGGCCACGUUCACGCUACAGUGAACGGAAGCAGCAGAGUCCAACAGGGGACGUCAGUGCCGACUGUGUGGGCGUUGGAUCGAGCAACGAAGAGCGUCUGACGCCGCGAGAGACUGUACCCGAUGAUGCGGAGGUGUAUCGUUUUCUGUUUGGUCUUUUCGCGUCGCCCGGUGAGCUGCUUGGACAGAUGAACGUGCAGCUGUGCGAAGCUUUUCGGAAGCGUUACACAGACCGACAUCGAAAACGGCUUCGACGGUCAAGUUUUACGGGAAAGUCGAGCUCUGCGCGAGUUCUCGGGGCGCGUGCGAUGGCCAAAGAUACGCUUCAGGAUACCAAGAUGUACGUUGCACACGUACUCGGUGCAACGUUGCAGUGUUUGCCAAGCUUGGCCAGCACUCCUGAAUCGAUCAGUAGCUGCACGCUCGCUGUUGAGCGAAUCAUUUACGACGACAUCCACGCCAUGGUGUUUAGCGAGUUUCAGAGUGCGUUCAAGGAAGCCGAGACGGCGUUUGCUGAUAACUUGGCGGACAUUCGACGCGAGCAGAGUUACCACUCGUCGCCACUACUGCGACUACCUCGUUCAGGCCAAGAAGGAGAUGGCAACAACCGUACAGCGGCGUUUCAGCAUCCUGUGCUGGCAGACGAUCUUCAGAAAGCCGAAGCUCAACUGGUCGUCAUGAUGCAAGAGACGUCGUCUCCGUUGUUGAAGUUGGUUCUGCUCUGUGACGCGUUCCGGAACAUUUGCUGCUUUGCCGAGAAGCUGCACCAGUCCGCGUCCAACACGGACCUGUUGAUUCCCAUCCUGUGCGCGUUCUUCGUCGAGUGUCCGUCGGUGUGUCAUGCCGGUUCGAGUUUCGUGGCAGAAAUCGCUUUCAUCUCCUUCUUUACGAACGGAGGAGGCAAAGGUGUUGAGGGCUACGUCCUGACCACGUUGCAAGCGGCGAUUCAGGUGAUCGUUGCUGUGGACGUGCCAAAUGGGCACGCAAAGGAGCUGGAGCUAUUUGCCCAUGACAACGACAGUGAAGCAACGGACGAGGCCGACGUCGACGAUCGCGAGUUCUUUGAUGCAGUGUCGAUACCGACAUAG